AUGGCGAGCGCCGCAGCUCGUGUUUCAGGAUUUACCAUAGUUGGGACAAUUCUGAUCGCCAUCUCCAUCGUUUUAAUCAUCUUUGCUGAAGCGUUCCCCUACUGGCAGCAGGCUGAGAAAACCAGGGAGACAGGGAUCCCCAAUGUGGGUCUGUGGCAGGUGUGUUUUAGAGACGACGGCUACCCCGCUCCGCCCUGGGCCAACGAUGGCCUGGGCAAGCGUUACUAUGGCUGUAACUACGUGUUUGAUAGGGACCUCCGGAUGAUUCGCGAUUGGAUCUAUCCAGGACAAAAUGUUGAACAGAAGUCAUGCCAUCAAGAGCAUUUGCAAACACUGGUCUCAGAAAUAAUAAGAAUCAGCUUCCAAUUUUUUUCUUCACUUUGCACCUGCAGGUUUAUUAAAAUUAGUCGACACAGGGGCAGACAUGUUGGAAAAUGGGGAAACGUCAGAGGCCAGAAUCGCAGGUCAGAGGCCUGA